AUGCUUCAGCAGCAAGAUUGCCUGAGAUCUCUUUCAUAUGGAAAGGUUCUUGACCGGGACUGGAUUGACCUGACAGUGGUAAGGCAGUGGCUCGCCCAUUGCACCCAGUCCCACGGGAAGCUCUGCAGUCAACACAGUUGGGGAAUUGCCAUUCAGCCACCGAAAUUCCUCAGGGUGAUCGACGUGUACAAUCUUUGCCUGGUGGAGGUGGCUCGCCCGGAACAAUGCCGCUUCGUCGCUCUGUCGUACGUAUGGGGCCGGUCGACCCCACUGCGGCUUCGAUAUAACAAUGUAGAUUCGAUGAAACGGCCACAAGGUCUCAGGCAGUACAUGAGCAGUCUUCCGCGUACCAUCAUUGACGCGAUGGAAGUCGUGCGGGGACUCGACGAAAGAUACCUAUGGGUGGACUCGUUAUGCAUUCUCCAAGGAGACAGCGUGGAAGCACGAGAGCAGAUCGCGACGAUGGACCGAGUGUACGGCAGCGCAUUCUUCACGAUUGUUGCAGCGCAAGGCAGUGAUGCCGACCACGGCCUCCGAGGGAUCAAAAGGUAUCACUUCUCAUUUUGCGAACCCGGUCGACCUCGCAAUAUCGAUCAGCCAGUCGCAAAAAUCAAAGAUGAUGCGCACAUCAUUGCUCCGUUCCCAAGCGAAGCAUCCCUGACCCACACCACUUGGAACACCCGAGCGUGGACCUUUCAGGAGCGAAUCCUGUCGAAGCGGAUCCUUGCCUUCUGCGGGGAAGAGGUUGUAUGGCACUGCCGAAAAAUGGUCUGCAGGGAGGACAUGCAGUGUGAAGACUCCGGGUACGGACCUGAGAGUCUGGACUGGCUGUCGCUCAAGCCGCAAUACUUUGGAGAAGAUGUGGAUGCACUUUGGGUGGAUGGGAGUCUCAUGACUGACCGACAUGGGAGAACACGGGUGGUCCGCUCAGGGACGUUCGGACAAUACUCCAGGAUGGUCGAAGAGUAUACUUCGCGGCACCUCACAUUCGAGUCGGAUGCCAUCCGAGCCCUGGAGGGUCUUCUUCACGUCUUCCAAUUGAGCUUUAGGUCCGAGUUUAUAUCUGGCCUCCCGAAGUCCCUGCUCGAUGUUGCUCUUCUGUGGAGGCCUAUGCGGCAACUACAACGCCGAAGGGGAUUUCCCAGCUGGUCUUGGACCGGGUGGAAGGGACAGGUGAGCUACAACAAGGCGAUGGAGAGCGCCAACAGAGCAUAUUCCGGCGAGGAAGGCACCCGAUCACUGCAACGAUGGUACACAUUCAGCAGCUCGUCCAGCCGCUUAGAACCCGUCAACGGUCAUGGAUGGGGUGUUCCACUGUCACGUCUUCCGGCUGAAUGGGAGGCCUCUUUGGAUUGCUCGACUGGCCGGACUGGCCGCACGCUUACAAGUGAUCCACUCCAGCUUAGGUCCUACGUGCAAGCCACACUGGGUAACCGCUUGCUGGAUGGAGACAUGACAUAUCUGAUCCUCUGCACCACUUGCACUCGGUCAUUUCAGCUGGGAAACCAGAUCCUUCAGGACAGUGACACCGAGACACUCACUCCUCAUGGGCCCCCGAUCCCUCCUGAAUCCCGCCCACUACGAUUUUCUAUUGUGGCUUCGGCAUUUGAAUGGAUCGGCACGGUACUCCUUGACGGUACUGGGCCCGAGUGGAUGGACAAGCAAACACACGAAUUCAUCCUCAUCUCCGAGGCCCAGUACUUCGGCCUGGAUGACGAACCGUAUAAUGUCGGGGAAUUUCCGCUUUAUCAUGUCAUGCUGGUGGAGCAUGAUCGUCGGACUGGAAUCUCUACCCGGCUAGGCUUGGGGAGGGUUAGGAAGACCGCCUGGAUGAUGGCAGAACCGACCGAGAGAGUUGUCAUUCUAGGUUGA